AUGUAUGUUUGGGGUGGCCACACUCAAUUCCUACUUGAAGUAGGAGGUGAUUGUUGUCCUAUAGAAGACAAUCUCCCUAAUUCUGAUGAGAGCUAUAUGGAUGUGUACAACCUGUCUUCACGAAACUGGGAGCAGUAUCCUACCUCCGGGGAUAUUCCCCAUGUCGGUGAUGGACCAACAAUGGUGGGGUUCGAGGAGAGUCUCUAUGUCUUUGGUGGCUUUAAUGAUGGUGUUUAUAUAGGAGACUUGUAUGAAUUCAACACAAUCACCAACACCUGGUCUUGUGUUGCAAUGUCCGAUGAUGCCGUAAAGCCUUCACCACGUUAUGGACUAGGGAGUGUCCUGUAUAACGAGAAAAUAUUUAUUUUCGGUGGUAUCAGUCCUCUUAUCGACUCUCUUCAACUAGGGGCGAAGUACUUCUCAGCCCAAAAGUUUAAAAGGGAGCUCACGUACGGUUUCAACAAUGAGAUGUUCCUAUUUGAUAUUAAAAAAGGUUCAUCUUAG